GUAGUUUUGUCUUUGUUGAUGAAUAAAACAUAACCUUACUUUUGUGUAUAACUGCGAAAAUUUGUUUUUUUUUUGUAAUUUUGCGAUAUGUGGAAAUAUUUAACAGGAACUAUCCUCACUGGUUCGCUUUUAUAUGUUCUUAAAAAAUAUUUUGCAGGCGGUGUUUGCAAGUGUAUUGAGCGGCUCGAUCGACAAGUGGUUAUUGUAACAGGGGCCUCUUCUGGCAUUGGAGAAGCGUUAGCAUUUUUGCUCGCCGAACGAGGUGCCACAAUUAUCUUAGCUUGCCGUGAUUUGACCAAGGCAAAUGAAGUUCGUGCAGAAAUACUUAAGGAGUUCUCGGUUCCUGUUUUUGUCAAAGAGCUCGACUUAAAUUCCUUUCACAGCAUUUCAAAAUUUGCCAAUAACAUUAAUACUGAAUUUAAUUCUGUUUAUGCGUUAGUCAACAAUGCUGGUGUAUUUUACGCUCCCCAGCAACUAACUGAAGAUCUUUUUGAUGUUACGUUUCAAACGAAUUAUUUAGGUCCAUUUGUGUUAACCCAUUUGCUAUUGAAAUCGUUAACUGCAUCUCCCGACAGUCGAAUUGUAAAUGUUGCCUCUGAAGCUCAUCGUGCAAUCAACAUAGACCAGUUGAUGAGCAUCACAAGAUCUCAAACGUUGAGUAGGUCACACAUUUCAGCAUAUGCAGCAUCAAAACUGGCUUUAGUACUGUUUACAAAGCAUUUAGCAAACAAGCUUGCAAAUACGAAGACAUUGGUAAAUGCGGUAAAUCCAGGAAAUUGUGAAACUGAUAUAUUCCGACACUUCCCAUUUUUAAGUAAUAAGUGGUUGUUUGCACUACAGUGGAUUAUCCGUAUAAUUGUCAUCAAACACCCAUUGGAGGGAGCCCAGUCUGUUCUGCAUGCCAUUUUAACCGAGGAUUCUUCCAGUGGACAGUACAUUACAGAUUGCAAAUCAGAUGUUCCGUCUAUACCCUGUUUAAAUGAAAACGUAGUUGUACAGUACUACGACCUAACUUGCAAAAUUUUGAAGGAAAGCGGUAGGGAUUUUUGUUUCUAACGAUCAUGGCACUAAAUGUUUGGGUUUCACCUG